CUAUGAUAAUAAAAAUAUAUACUUUAAUAUUAUAUGAUUGCAAUGAUUAUAAAAUUUUCUAUAUUUAAUUACUAUUUAUACAAUUAGAACAAUCUCAGGAUAUCUGUACAUUAAAUAAUAAAUUAAUUUUUCAAUGUCAUUCACAAUUUAAUAUAAUCUUUUUUUUGAUUUAUGUUGGUCCUUCUGUUAUUUUUCGCGGCAACGCGGUAAUAAGACGCUAAAGUGCUAGAAAUCCCGCCGCGUUGUUCGUAGUUAUUUCUUGUAUUUUAUAGCUAUUGUCUAAAAUGAGCAAAGGAAAGGAUUCAUCCCCUGCAGAAACUGCAGGAGGAGAAGAAUUUAGUGUUGAGAAAGUUUUAGACAGGAGAGUAGUUAAAGGAAAAGUUGAAUAUUUUUUAAAAUGGAAAGGAUACUCAAAUGAAGAAAACACGUGGGAGCCAGAAGAAAAUCUUGAUUGUCCAGAUCUAAUUGCACAAUUUGAAGAACAACGAAAAAAGAAAGAAGCAGCUGCAGCUGGUAAACGAUAUGAAGACAAAGAACAAAAGAAACGAAAAAGUUCAAGUGGGCCUUUACCUACUCAUACUAAGAAAAAAGUAACUGAAGAAAAGAAACCUGAAGGUUUUGAUAGAAAUUUGGAACCUGAACGUAUUAUUGGUGCAACAGAUUCAAGUGGAGAAUUAAUGUUUUUAAUGAAAUGGAAAGGAACAGAUGAUGCAGAUUUAGUUCCUGCUCGAAUUGCCAAUGAAAAAUGUCCACAAAUCGUAAUAAAGUUUUAUGAAGAACGAUUGACAUGGCAUAGCCCUGCUCAUGAUGAGGAAAGUUCAGUAAAAGCUGAUGCAGAGUAGCGUUCAGCUUUCCGAUAUACAUACACAGCACGCUUUAGGAUAUGUCGCAUAUAACAAAAAAUAGCGUGUACAAAAUGAAAAAUAUGAAGAUUGAUUAUUGCACAGUAAUAAUGUUAUCAAUUUUUUUUUAAAUAAUUAUUGAUGAACUAUUAAAAUUAAGUAAACAAACAUUAAAU